CACGGGGAAAGGGGCGUGGCGCCGGCGGCCGUGCGUAGGCUGCGGGGACGCUCCGGCAGUGACGGCAGAGAUGGACCUGGUGGCCGAAUUCCCCCCGCCUGCCGGUGCUGCGCGUUGGGCCGAGGUUAUGGCUCGCUUCGCCGCCAGACUGGGCGCCCAGGGCCGGCGGGUAGUGUUGGUCACGUCUGGCGGCACUAAGGUACCGCUGGAAGCGCGGCCAGUGCGUUUCCUGGACAACUUCAGCAGCGGGCGGCGUGGUGCAAGCUCGGCCGAGGCGUUCCUAGCCGCGGGCUACGGCGUUUUGUUCUUGUACCGCGCUCGUUCCUCCUUCCCCUAUGCCCACCGCUUCCCACCCCAGACCUGGCUGUCGGCUCUGAGGCCCUUAGACCCAGCCCGUGCGGGCUUGCUGAGCUUGGAGGCCGAGGAGAACGCACUCCCGGGCUUCGCUGCGGCUCUGCGGAGCUACCAGGAGGCAGCAGCUGCCGGCACUUUCCUGGCUGUAGAGUUCACCACUUUGGCGGACUAUUUGCAUCUGCUGCAGGCUGCGGCCCAGGCGCUCAAUCCGCUAGGCUCUUCUGCGAUGUUUUACCUGGCUGCGGCCGUGUCAGAUUUCUAUGUUCCUGUAUCUGAAAUGCCUGAACACAAGAUCCAGUCAUCUGGGGGCCCACUGCAGAUAACAAUGAAGAUGGUGCCAAAAAUGCUUUCUCCUUUGGUUAAAGAUUGGGCUCCCAAGGCAUUUGUAAUUUCUUUUAAAUUGGAGACCGACCCCUCCAUUGUAAUUAAUCGUGCCCGGAACGCUUUGGAAGCUUAUCGACACCAAGUGGUGGUGGCUAAUAUCCUUGAGUCACGACAUUCCUUUGUGGUUAUCGUAACUGAAGACUCAGAAACCAAGUUAUUGCUAUCAGAAGAAGAAGUAGAAAAAGGCAUAGAGAUAGAAGAGAAGAUAGUAGAUGAUCUUCAGUCUCGACACACAGCUUUUAUAUGUGACAAAAACUGAAGCGAGAAGCCCUUAUAGGAUCAAAAAUUGUUCAAUGGACCAGGACUCUUAUGGUGAGAACUAGAAUAAAUCCUUUGCUUUCAUAAGGACAAAGAAAAUGAAGGGAAGGGAAAAAGCAGUGGUGUGCAGGCAGAUACGGUUUGGUAUUUUAAUUACUGAACCCUCUGACACACUCACCUGAAUGUCAUCUUGAUUUUGCAGUUGAACACUAGAGCUGUUUCUUACCUUUAAAAAAAAGAGCUUAUUGGGAAUUAUAUAUUCCUCAAAAUAUACAUCAGCCUUCUUCAUAUUAUAGAAAGAGGAUUAUGGAUGCAUGAGUGGUCAUGCUUUGAAGAUCAAAUAUUGUUGAGUACCUGCUAUGUGCCAGGCCCUGUGCCGAGCUGUGAGGAUUAAAAAGAUGAAUGAACAUGUCUUGUUUGGGAAGUGGAUGUAUAAAAAAUUAAGUGCAAUAAAGUGUGUUCCCAAAGCUGACAUAAUGGAAAGGAUUUUUUUUUUUUUUUUAUCAAGGAUAGAGUAGGAAAGAAGGACACCUCCCUAAAGACAGAUUGCCUAUAGAAUGGUGAGCUUCCCACAACAUUUACCUUUUGUUUCUUGUCCUAGAUUCACUCCAUAUGUUAAUAACAAUUUACCUCUCAAAUAUUUUAGAACUGCUCUUCAUUUAAACUUAACAUGGCUACUUGGGACUAGGCAGAGGCCAAUUGGUGACCUCUGUCUGUCCUGAGGGAGGCAUUACAGCGUUGGCUUUGGAGUCAACUUAGCCAGCUAUGGCACCUAUUAGCUUUAUAAAUUUAGGCAUGUGACUUAAUCUCAGUUUCCUGUUCUGUAAGAUGGGGAUAAUCUCUGAAAAGUAAUGCCUCAUAAUUGUGAGGAUUAAAUAAAACAGUGAAGACAAAGCAUUAGUCUGGUUCCUGGCACUUAACUCACACUCAAUAAAUGGUUGUAACUUUAGUUUUUCUCACUUAGCAAGGCACUGUUAUGCCAGUGCCCUGCUUAACCCUUGAAUCCUUGAGAAUCCUUGAAAAACUUUUAAAGCUCCUCUUACUGUCCUGGGUUUUGGGUUUGGAGUGCAGAAGAAGCAUAGUGCAGAAAAAUCCCCUAAAUGAUCUAUAGGAUGGUCCAGAGUACAAUUUGAAAAACUACCAUUAAUAACUAGGUAAAAGCAGGUACUGUGCUUCACAUAAAUAUUUGAUUUAAAAUACAAUUCAUGAUAUUUCAUGGAGUGAGUUGGAAAGGGCAGCCCGAUGUGUCUGACUGAUAACAGUAGUACAAUAAAUUUUAGUUGAGAAGAUUUGAACAUAAGUGCUAAGAUAUGGUGAAAUACUUCACUAAAUCUGGAAGUGUGACCUUGAGCAGAGGAAAAUAACCGCAGUAGUCCCUUUGAACAAUAAUUUUAAAUGAACUUCUGGACCAGUUGGCAAAACCUCAAAAGCUUCAGGCUCUGUCGGCAGUGGCUGCAGUACUGAAAGGGCAGGAAGUAAAAGACUGAUUUUCUUCCCUACAUCCAUAGUUUCAUGUGGAUGAUUACUGUAAUUAUCUUUGAGUGAACAAUGGGUAUAAAUGAGGUUAAAACUAGAAGUGACCUUAAUGUUUGUUUUUACUUACCUUGGGAACCAUUUCAUAUCCUGUUUUGAUAAUUGCUUAAAAAACAACAACCACUGCUCUACAUGGAGUUACUUGAAAUGUUUCCCACUU